AUGGGGGACGACACCCUGAACCCAAAAGCUUAUCCUCUUGCUGACACAGCGCUCUCUCAAAAGUUAUUAGAUUUGGUGCAACAGGCGCAUAACUACAAACAGUUGAGGAAGGGAGCCAAUGAAGCCACAAAGACGUUAAAUAGGGGUAUAUCAGAGUUAAUUAUUAUGGCGGCGGAUGCGGAGCCACUGGAGAUAAUCUUGCAUCUGCCAUUGCUUUGUGAAGAUAAGAAUGUUCCCUACGUCUUUGUUCGCAGCAAGGCUGCGCUAGGCCGAGCUUGUGGUGUUACGAGGGCCGUUAUUGCUGCAUCGGUGGUUCAAAACGAAGGAUCUCAACUUAAAAUUCGGAAGAAAAUUUUGAGGUGUGACAUGUUGCUGCAGCUUACUGCGGGUGUGGUGUUUGCAGUGUUUGUCUACUAUGUGAACGAGAAUCUGUACACGAAGCAUCCUGUUUUUGUCGAUUAUGACGUUGUUGACAAGCAGUAUAAAGCAGUUUAUGAUAUGUUCCGCCAGAAUUUUGCUGAUGGUUUGGAACAUGAAGGAGCUGCUUUAGUCGUCUACCACAAGGGCAAGAAAGUUAUAGAUGUGUGGGGUGGUUACGCCGAUAUUCAAGCGGCUCGCAAAUGGGAUAAGGACACGCUUACCGUCACAUUUUCUACUACUAAAGGAGUGGCAGCGUUAUGUGUUGCGAUACUUGUAGACAAGAAAUUCUUAAAUUACGGUGACCUUGUUACCAAAUAUUGGCCGGAGUUCGGCAAAUAUGGAAAGGAGUCUGUCACUGUACAGAUGGUUAUGUCACAUAUGGUAAUGCUGGCUUUUCAUAUUCUUCUUGAAGCAGCAUCCAAUCAUGGAAUCAUGAGGAAGAUUCUUGAAAAUGCUAAGCCAAAGUGGACCCCAGGAGUUUUGAGUGGUUAUCAUGCAUACACAUACGGUUGGCUUGUUGAUCAACUAAUUCGUCACAGCGAUCCUAAAAAACGAGGAGUCGGACAGUUUUUUAAGGAAGAAAUUGCAGAUAAAUUCGGUGUUGACUACUUCAUCGGAUUACCGAGCGAUCAGGAGUAUAGGGUUGCUAGAAUGACAAAUCCACCCCUGUGGAAUCGUAUAAAAGAAUUAAUUAGACACCCAUCCUUACUCAAGAUGUUAGCUACAACGGCUUUUGGAAAUCAAAAUAGUAUUCAAGCACAAGUAAUAAAAAAUCCCUCUUGGUUGCGCGUCUCUGAUGAUAUAACAUUGAAUAAUCCAGAUUACCACAGAUUGGAGCAAGCAGCUGUGCUAGGCAUUGGAAAUGCAAGGAGUCUUGCAGUUAUUUUUAACGAGGUUCGGAACGACAGGCUUGUGACGGCGCAGACUGUGGAGCAGUUGAAGGUCCCUAUUGUUUCGGGAUAUGAUGCAGUUGUUGGGUUGAAUUUUACAAAAGGGAAUGGCAUGAUGUUCUACAAGAUUGAUAGAGCCAAACACGGACUUGCUCUUGGCCACCCUGGUUAUGGAUGUCAACAGGUAUUUUAUGAUCCAAAUAACGACCUUGUUGUAUCUUAUGUUACCAACGGGCUUAAAACAGUGAUGUACAUGACUUGCGAUUCCUACACCAGGCUCCACAACAGUAUUUAUGACAUUGUUGAAAAACUUGGGUAA